CUUCUCUGUCCUAGUGCUGAUGAAAGAUUUGAUGCUACAUUUCAUACUAAUGUUUUAGUCAAUUCUUCAGGACAUUGCCAAUACCUGCCACCCGGCAUAUUUAAAAGCUCAUGCUACAUAGACGUGCGUUGGUUUCCAUUUGAUGUUCAGAAGUGCAACUUGAAGUUUGGAUCCUGGACGUAUGGAGGCUGGUCCCUGGACUUACAAAUGCAAGAAGCAGACAUUUCUGGCUACAUUUCAAAUGGGGAGUGGGAUUUAGUAGGAGUUCCUGGGAAAAGAACUGAGAGUUUUUACGAAUGCUGCAAAGAACCUUACCCAGACGUAACGUUCACAGUAACGAUGAGACGUAGGACUCUCUAUUACGGACUCAAUCUUCUCAUUCCCUGUGUAUUGAUAUCAUCACUUGCCUUACUCGUUUUUCUGCUUCCAGCAGACUCUGGAGAAAAGAUCUCACUAGGUAUAACAGUUUUAUUGUCUCUCACUGUCUUCAUGUUACUUGUGGCUGAAAUUAUGCCAGCAACAUCUGAUUCCGUGCCGUUAAUUGCCCAGUAUUUUGCCAGCACUAUGAUCAUUGUUGGUCUUUCUGUUGUUGUCACUGUCAUCGUGCUGCAAUAUCACCACCACGAUCCAGAUGGGGGCAAAAUGCCUAAAUGGACCAGGAUCAUUCUUCUGAACUGGUGUGCUUGGUUUCUGAGGAUGAAAAGACCAGGAGAAGACAAAGUGCGUCCUGCCUGUCAACACAAACAGCGGCGCUGCAGCCUGUCGAGCGUGGAGAUGAACACUGUGAGCGGGCAGCAAUCCAGCAAUGGGAACAUGCUCUACAUUGGGUUUAGGGGGUUGGAAGGGGUUCACUGCACCCCCACCACUGAUUCUGGGGUGAUCUGUGGGAGGAUGACCUGCUCCCCAACAGAAGAGGAAAACCUCCUGCACAGCGGCCACCCUUCUGAAGGUGACCCCGAUUUGGCUAAGAUCUUGGAAGAGGUCCGCUACAUCGCAAACCGAUUCAGAGACCAGGAUGAAGAGGAAGCCGUUUGCAAUGAAUGGAAGUUUGCGGCCUCUGUAGUGGAUCGACUCUGCUUGAUGGCUUUCUCAGUCUUCACGAUCAUUUGUACAAUUGGUAUUUUAAUGUCAGCACCAAACUUUGUAGAGGCCGUCUCCAAAGAUUUUGCUUAACUCCUAGCUAAAACAUGAUUCUCUGAGGUAUGAUAUGUAACAAAUCAAAUUGUUUUUUCUUUACUUAAUCAUUAUUUUCAAUAAUAUCCUGCUGCCCACUGCCCUCAUUCCUUUGUCCCCUCUUGCACCUAUCCCUAGCCCAAAGCUCUCUGCAAGCACAGCAGCGUUUCCAUGAACAUGCUGCCUGAGAGAGCUCCUUGGCACAUCCUGCUGCAGGGCGCCCUCCCUCCCCCCCGGAAUGAAUCAGUUUUGCACCCAAAAUUAACAAAAUGGCUCUUCUAAAAAGUUAUAGGCAGGCAAUGUUGGAAAGGUCAUUUCUUCCUGAGUUUGUUUUUAAGGAAUAAAGGUAGCCCAUCUUAAUUUGAAGAAGAGAUUCUAAGCACUUGUAUUUAGGAAAGGAUUAAAAUCAAAUGGAUGAAAUCACAACCAGUGCAGGAAGAAGGGUUUAAAAAAAAAAAAAAAAAAAAAAAAAAUCACACACCUCUCAGUUACUGCUCCUUGGUGACUGCUAGCAUGGAACUCUACUCCAGCUCACUCCUCAGCCCUGUAACUCCUUCCACGCAUCGUGCAGGGAACAUUUGUCCUAAUAUAGGAUGCAGAAUUCCUAUGAGAGGCAAGUUUAGCUGAUACAGCACCUAAUGUGUGUAUUUCUCUGGAUUCAGCCCACAAGGCUGG